AUGGUCUGGGGCAAUCAGCCCUCCCCACCGGACGUGGACCAGCACAUCCCCCGCGAGAAGCUCCCCGCCAAAAUGCAGCAGCUGGUCGACCGCGACGAGGAUUUCUACGAUGAUUUAUAUUCUCCGUACUCCGUCGACUCAACCGAAACCCCUUACCGCUACGCCGCCUACGCCAACCGCAUCCGCACCAUCCUCCUCUCCGCACACCGCUACGUCGCCUAUACCUCCGACAUAGGCGAGUCCUUCCGCCCCGUCGCACACCCCUGGCUCGUGCGCUCCGCCUACGGCGUGUCAUGGGCGUAUCUGCUCGGCGACGUCAGCCACGAGGGCUAUAAGGCGUACCUGCGCAACCGGCGCGCGCUGGCCCCGGCCGGCGAGGCGUACAAGGAUGCCAGCGAGCUGCCGCAGGAGCAGAUAAUUCGCGGCAUGGCUACGGGUAAUGUGAACGGGCCGUUGACUUCAUCUUCAUCUACUGCUCCGUCUUCAAAAGACCCUCUCACACCCUGGCCGACGGCGCAGAUCCCGCUCGCCGAGGAUUACCGCACGGUGAUGGCCAAGCGCGCCGUCUUCCAGGGCGUUGCGUCCAUGGGACUGCCGGCGUUUACGAUCCACAGCGUGGUCAAGUAUUCGGGGCGCAUGGUGAAGAACGCCAAGAGUGCGAUGGUGCGGACCUGGGCGCCGAUUGGGCUCGGUCUAACCGUCGUCCCCUUCCUACCCUACCUCUUCGACCACCCCGUCGAAGAAGCCGUCGACUGGUGCUUCGGCGUUGCGCUACGCGCCUACGGCGGCGACGCAGCUGUCCAGCCUCUGCCCUCGCAUGCUCUGCAUAGCGGUAGCGGCAAUACUGCUGCUGGCACUACUGCCGCGGCAGCGAAUCUCUCAUGGGAUGAGUACAAGGCCGAGUGGGAGCGCGGCCGUGACGAGAAGCAGCAGAAGCAAGGGGGUGUUGGGACGCUGACGGGGUGGUUUAGGCGGUUGGGGGAAAAGAGUAAGAAGGAGUGA